AUGUUAAAGUCAUAUGAGGGUGAUGGAAAAACUGAUGAGUUUGAUUGUUUGGAGGAUUUUGAAGUUUACAAGAUGGUGUUUCAAGAAACCCCAAUUGAAUUCUUUGACUAUACAUUAGUUGAAGGAAGUGAAAAAUCAGUUCUUGAUUCUUCAACUCAAGAAAAAGACUCUACCACUGCCAAAGUUGAUCUUGAAAAUACAUUGGAAGAGUUGUUGAAAGAAAUGGAUGAGUUUGAAAGCAAGACUUGGAGUAGUGAUAAUGUGGACAGGAAGAAAAUUGAGUCAUUGGGCGCAAAGGUCGAUAAAGUUGUUGUUGAAAAACAACAAAAAGAAGAAACGAUAAUGGAAAAUGGAUCCAAGGAGGUUGAUAAAGUGAAAAAGUCACAUUCUUGGAGUAAUCUUGAUUGCAACAACUCUAACGAUAAUAAUCUGGGGAGUUAUGGAUCUAUGAGGAAAGAAAAAGAGUGGACAAGGACAUUAGCAUGCAAACUUUAUGAAGAAAGGCACAAUGCUAGUACUGGUGAAGGAAUGGAUUUGUUAUGGGAAACUUAUGAAUUAGACUCAUCAAAGAGCAAGGUUAAAAGGGAUAUUAAUGCAAAGAAGAAGAAGAAAGGAGAAUCAAAGAGAUUCAACAAAAAGGAUAUUGAAGAAGAAGAUGAAGAAGAUAUGAAUGAACAGUUGUGUUGCUUACAGGCUUUAAAGUUUUCAGCUGGAAAGAUGAAUUUAGGAAUGGGAAGGCCUAAUCUUGUUAAGAUUUCUAAAGCAAUUAAAGGGUUUGGAUGGCUCACCAAGAAAAACAAGGUCCAUUGUGGAGAUAGAUUUUAG